GCAAACUAGGGGGCAACCCCGAAAGGAACGACCCGUUGACAGGGACAUGCGUGCGGCUAUUCCGGUAUCUCCUGACAGAUUAUUUGGAAGAGUUCGCGUCUGCUCUGCGACGUUACAUCGUGGAUCGGCUGGUCGUCGCCCCAGCCGACGACGUUGUCGACGACGUAGCGCGGGGAAAGGAAAGCAACCGAAGGCUCCAACAGCUGUACGGCAAGCGUGCCCUGCCAGACGAUGUGCUCGAGUUUUUCAAUACUGGCAUUGGCGCUUUCAGGACUGCUGCGCGCCCUGGGGCGAGCGAGGCGGAUAUCCGCCGCAGGGCGUACGAUCUCUUGUACAAGCACUUGUUCAAACUCGAGAGCAAGCCGAUCGUCACAAGGUUCUGGCUGUUCACGGACGCAGUGUUCACACUUCUUCGGUUCGUGUUGCUGGGGUUGCCAGCUGACAAAAUAUUUACGUUGAGCAUGACCAAGCCUCAAGAGGAGAAUCAAAAGCGUCUGACGUCUGUCAAGAAUUUCUUUUCCCAGGAGGACUGCGGCCGCCUGCUGCGCAAGGCGAGCUUGUGCUUGCGCCUGACGCAACACGCCACGUCGAUUACGGGGCAGACAAAGAAGAGCAUUGAGGAGCACCGAAAGCCUCUCCUGCUGCGGUUGGCGCAGGGGGACGUGCAAGCUGCCACUUCCCGCGACUUGCAGGUGAUGAUUCCCCUGCUGGGCCACGACCCGGCGUUAGAUAUUGCCGACGCGUUGUAUGGACUGCUGCUGACGCAGGGACACAUAGUGGCCCGCUUUAGCCAAUACGCAGAAUACCCUUUGCGUCUGUGGAAGAUCGUGCGCGAAUUCAACUCUGAGUUCUACAGCCUUAAUCUGGAGGUCACGCGAUUCCUUCUGCAGCCCGAGAGUCGUCUCGAUGCAGGUUUCUCGUUGCGCUUGCGGCGCGAGGCUCUGCGUGGCCGCUCGGAGGCCGAAGCUCAGUCGUGGCUGCUGUCAGACGCCAUCCAGACAGAGCUGAAAGACUUCUUCUUCGCCUGCGACGGCAACAGCCUGGACGCUGAGCGCGCCCACAGUGCAGUGAAGAGAAACGAGACGUCGCGCUCGAGCGGCCUGGCAAAGUGCAGUCGCAACGGCAUCCUGCAGAGGGUUCACGUCAACAGGCAGCGCACCGUCUGCGAGUCCAUCGAUGUCAUCAAGCAGGCCGAGAAGGAUAAGUUCAUGAACGCCCCGGCUCUGGCGAAACAGCGAGCCCCCGAACUCUUCAAGCGCCCCCGCGGGAAGCUGCACUGGGAGCGGGGCAUCACGGACGCCGAGGCCAGCGCGACUGUGCAGCCCGCAGACAAACAGCGGCAAAACGAGUACAUGCGGGAUCACGGCGAGGCGCUGAAGGCCGAGGCCGCCGAGGUGCGCAGGCGGGCGGAGGCAUUGCUCGCCCGUUUGCAGAACGAGGCCCCUGUCAUGCCUGUGACAAACUCGCAGUGGCUCCAGUGGCUCCAAGACAACGACUCUACCUUCCGCGAGCACCUGGCCAACGCGACAGCGCAGAGGAGGCCGCUGAACGCGCGAGUUGCGCCGUGGGCUGACGUGCCAGAUGGCCCGCGUCUGCUGCCCCAGCGCACGGUCGAAACGGGGUGUGCUUGGAGUCGCUUGCUUGCCUCGCAGCCUCCUGGAGUGUACUGCUUGGACACAGGAGACCAGAAGUGCACUUUCUUCGCUUUCUCUAUUUGGCAGGAAGCGUGGGCAAUCUUCCUUCCGAGGCAGGGCAGGUCGAUGACGCUCAACGUGAAGGCUGGCUUCGUCAGCGCAUUCGGGCCAGCCGUCGCGCUGCUGGAGGCACGCGGCGUGUCCGUGCGCAACGAAGGGUGUGAGUUGACUCGGCUCCGCGCGAGCGUCGUCAAAGUGUCCGCCGACGAGGUCGAGCUGCGGGUCGACGAGCAGGCGGCCGUCGAGCACCCGCCCGGCGCGGCUAAGGAUGAGCCCGAGGCGAAGGCUGGCGCCGAGGACGGCGACGACGACGAAGUGGUCUGGGCCAGUGACGCGAGCGACGUGGCCAGCGUGUGCUCCGACCCAGAGUCAGCCGCCGAAGACCUCGCCGAGGACACCUUCACAGUGUGGCGCAACUUGUACUUUACGCUACAGAACCACGAUGAUUACCCGAACGCGAAAAUCAAGAUCCUCUCGACCUGGUGCAAAGACGUGGACGACGGCGGAAUGGGCACUCGACAUAUGAGCAAGACAUUGAAGACGAAGCCGUACGACGGGGCCGCGGACAUCCCGGUGAACACAUACGCUUGCCUCCGAGCGUGGAUGAUAUGGCGCUUCCAGCAGCACGGAUUUGCGGCGGCGCACCCGAGCCGCGCCGAGUUCCUCGCGGCGGAGGUCGCCUCCCUCCGCAAGGAUAUCGAAGCGAUGGGGCACGGAGGGAGCACAGGGAAUGCAAAGGCAGAUUCCCUCGUGCGCAAAUGGGCGCGUGAUGCGAUUCCGAUCGCCUGA